CCGAACAACAAUAUCUAUCAAAGCUUUGGCAUCUUUUGUCCCUCAACACAAAUCGAAUGUGUGGAUCUGAUGCGUACCGAGGAUGUCCUUAUCGAUUGGCAAAAGCCAUUGUACCUGAAUUUCACGCAUAUUGCUAUCAUGAAUCGGCUGGAUGACUUUUACUCCACUUUCGGUGUAAUGGAGCGGCUUGAAGGCGACAUUUACGUGUGUAAUGAGCUGAAGACAGAGCUGGAGUUGGAGGAACUGUCUGAUGAUGCAGUAAUGCGUCCUCUUACUGCUGACGAUGUGAAAGGUAUACACGACUUGUAUCCGGCCAGCGAGAUCGAGCGCAUAGAAGUGUUCGAGAUAUUAGUGCAGGUGUUGCCUGGAUUAGGAAUCUUUCGCAAAGAUACUAAUGAAUUGGCUGCAUGGAUGGUGCACUCUUACUAUGGAGCAAUGUUCUCGAUGCAAACACGUCCAGAUUAUCGUCGCAAGGGUUAUGGAAUACGCCUUGCUAGAGCUCUCACUAAACUUGUAAUUGAGCGUGGCUAUUCGCCCUUCGUAGUCAUACGUCCACAAAAUGAUGCAUCUAGGAAUCUCUACACCAAGUUAGGCUUUACAAAGGCUUACGAAACAUGCCGAGUCAAAAUGACUCCGGGUCUAGAAGAUGCCAGUCAUGAUGAAGAUCCACAUUCAAAUCAUGAAGCCACGACUAAUGGAGUUGCCGAGGGUAAAGAUCCGUCUACACAAACUGAUGACGACACAGAGGCUAACAAAGAGAAUCAGCCAGUUGAUGAGGGCAUUGAGGAUAUGUUAGCUGAAAAAUGUGAUAUUGGUAGGGAGGAAAUGAGUACCGCCCACGUUAAAGCCGCAAUGGACGAGGGCAUUGAAGAAGAUAAAUAGAUGUAUUAAAAAAUUAAUAUACCCUUGUGCGCAAGUGCGCUCGGGUAUAAAAAUAAAAAAGUAAUCAGGAACAGGGAAUAAGUUAUAGGGAACAAAAAAAUGAUGCGAGAAAGGGUGACUAGUCGGGUAGAAAAUUAAGAAAAGAAACUAACGAAAAAAGCUAUUAUAAAAGCUGAAAUGCUAAAAAACUGCAUUAUACAUAAACUAAUGAGAAUUAUAAAAAUAAGAUAUGAGUGCACUUGCAACACUGGUGUGGCAGUCUCUAUUGUAAAUGCAUAAUUUGGGGGAGAUGUUAAAAUUUUGAGUAAUAAAAAGUUAAGAAAAAAAACUGCAGGAAAUGUGAGCAUGUACAUAAGUACAUACAUACAUGCAGUGAGUGUCAGUCAAAAUCGUGCAGUAAUUCUUCCAUAUUUUGAAAGUUUUGUAUAGUUCAUACUACAAUAAAGUCAUUAAAAAAAAAUAAACCUAAUAUAAGGUUCGU